AUGGGUGACGCUUUAGCAGUGGAGGAACAACGAUCUAUCCUCAGUACCCAAUCUGUUCUCCCUUCUCCUGACACAAUCAACAAGCUGGUAAAACGCAUAAGAGCUCUGACCAUCCGACUUCUGCCUGUCGAAGUAGAAUUAACCGAUAUAACAGAUGCGACAUCAUCUAUUAUCACCCCAGAGGUCAUUCGUUCCUUCGCUCUUUGUGGGGGAGAUUUUGGAGAGGCCGUGCCUUUCUGUCUUCUAAGAGCAAAAGCACUUUUCGUCAAAGAAGGAUAUCAAAAUCCUGCAGAUUAUGACGAAUGUUGUUGCCGUGCCACCGCUUGCGAGGUUUUGGCAAGACGUAUAGUACAUAAUCUCCCAGCGGACAGAUUGGAAAGUGUUAUGUCGACUAGGUUCAGGUAUAGGGAUAGCGAUGGGGAUGUGUCGGCGGCGACUUCUCUGUUGGAAACGGCUAUAGAUCAGCAUUGCACGAUCUUCCUUGCCUCCACUGAAGCUCAAUACGUCGUCAAUUGUCUAUGGCGAGGAGACUGGGUUCAACAGAAUAACGAAAAUGACGAUAUCGAUUAUGUACGAUACGAACCUGUGGAGAGGACUACCGUCUGGCAACACUUGAACCCUCAGAGGAUGAACGUGCCAAGAUAUCAGACUGCAUUUCGUCAAGUGAUGUGGAUCGUGUUUCUGUUCGUCUACUCGCAGUCCGUCCAAAGUCCACUCGACUCAUUAGACCCCGAACACGAAUUUGACGAAUGGGAAUACGUUUUGUAUACCAUGACUCUCGCGUAUCUCAUCGAAGCGCAUGGAUGGCUGAGGUUUGAAGAGGGCGUGAAAGUAGUCAAAACGAUCAAACUUGCCCCCCGACCGCUCGCGACCAUAGGAUUUUGGACAGUGAUCAAUUUUAUUACGGAUGGUCUCCUCCUAUCCGCUUUCGCCCUUCGUAUCGCUGGAUUGAGUAUGGAAGAUAACAAGAGUGAGAAAGCGCAGCAAUUACAUUUCAAGAGUUUCCAAGUAUUGAGCUGUGUUGCUCCUCUCAUAUGGAUCAAGCUGCUCACAGUCUUUGAUGGAUUCAAGGUCGUUGGUACUUUACAAGUAGUGACUUUCCGUAUGCUACGAGAAUCUGCCAUAUUCUUCAUCCUACUGGCGCUUAUGGGAUGUGGAUUCCUUCAAUCCAUGUAUGCUCUGGAUGCCGCAGAUGGGGAAUCAGGCGGAGGAGCCAUCGUGAUCAACAGUCUUAUUCAAGCUCUCCUCGGUGCACCUGAUUUCGAAACGCCCAACGAGAGGUUUGGCUGGCCUUUCGGUUUGAUCGUUUAUUACACUUGGAAUUUCCUCAGUACUAUCAUCCUGGUCAACGUCCUCAUUGCGUUGUUCGGGAGUGCUUAUUCGGACGUGGAAGAGAAUGCGACGGACGAGUAUCUGGCUUUCUUCGCUCAAAAGACUAUCUCCCUCAUCCGUGCGCCAGACUCUUUCGUCUAUCCAGCACCUUUUAACCUCCUCGAAGUGAUAUUUGUCGCUCCCCUGGAAUACCUACUCCCUUCUUCCUCAUACUUCGCCCUGAACAAGAUAAUCAUGUCCAUAGUCUUCUUCCCCGUCUUAAUCCUCGUCGCACUGUUCGAAUCUCAAAUCGCACAUUCUAAAUCUCAUCGACUCCGAGACUAUUUUUCCGGUCCUCCGCCAGACGAAGAGGGUGAUCCUAAGAUUGAAGAUCCGACGUGUGAAGAAGAAGGUGAAAUCAGUAGGUUGACAUUUGAACAAUUGACGGAGAAGUUUCCAAGUACGGCAGUUACGGAAGGGGCGGUUUUGUUACAUGUCUUAUCUUUUAUCGGAUUGAUGUUGGGGGGAAGUAAUAUUGAAGGGGUAAGUGAGAUGCGAGGUGUCACGAUUACUGUCUAUGAUUGA